CUGGAAAUCUGUGGAAAUCUGCUACAUCCGCCUGCGUCACUUCCUCGCCUCAGAAAACAUGGCGUUGCUACUAAGGAUGGUGGCCCGGCAGGGUCUAUGUUCAUCACGGACGCAGUUCAGCGUACUCUAUAGGCAUGCUGUUCCUAUGGGAACCUCAGCGAAAGAGGAGAUGAACAGAUUCUGGGAAAAAAAUACUCAACUGAACAGACCCCUGUCUCCCCAUAUAUCCAUCUAUAGGUGGUCAAUCCCCAUGGCGAUGUCAAUCACUCACAGAGGAACAGGAAUAGCUCUCAGUGGAGGUAUUUCUGCCUUUGCAUUGGCUGCGCUGGUGUUGCCGGGCAGUUUUCCGUAUUACCUGGACCUGAUCCACUCCCUGUCCUUUGGUCCUGCUCUUAUCACCGCUUCCAAAUUUGCUGUGUCCUUCCCUGUGGCUUUUCAUACUUUCAAUGGCAUCCGUCACCUGUCAUGGGAUGUGGGCAAGGGCUUGAAGAUACCUGAGGUCUAUCGCUCUGGCUACAUCGUUAUCACUCUGUCCAUCCUCACCUCUCUCGCCCUCACUGCACUCUGAACACAGGAGAGAGGAGAAGUAGAAGAAAAGAGAUGAAGAAUGACAGCUGAGAAAGCGAGAGAAGUUUUUGUUUGUUUUUGUGUGUCUUGUCUUGAAAUGGUCUUUAUGGCCCUCAUUAAUACAAUAAAUUAAGAAAUUUAUCUA